AGCGACCGAUUUGGAGGGCUGUUCUUUUCUCAAUCUUUCUUGCUGAAGAAGAGAACUGAGUGAACGACAGAAGCGGUUUGCGAAGAAAACCAACGCGAGGGAUCGCAAUGUCGACGAAGCUGCAGCUGCUGUUGGUCGCGUUGCUGGUGGCGGUUCUAAUAGUGGACGUGUCAUCUGUUCAGCGCAGACGAAAAUAUCGGCGUCGCACGACCACAACAGAGGCACCCGUGCAAGAUGAGAUCAUGAACAUGCUGGAGGCUGACGAAAUAGCCGAGGAGGCGGCGACGGCGGAGGAGGCUGAGGUCAUUCUUGAAAAUGGCAGAAACGAGCUUGGAUCGAAGCAGGAGCGUUUGCUCCAGGACCCGUGCAUGGACAAGCACUGCGGCGCUGGUCGUGUUUGCAAGAGUACGGAGGAGGGCACGGCCGAGUGCGUUUGCGUGGAGCUCUGCAACCAGGAGGUCGAUCCGCGUCGCAAGGUCUGCACCAACUACAAUGAGACCUUGGGCAGCGACUGUGAGGUCUAUCAAGCGCGUUGUUUCUGCGACACCGGUGACGCCAGGUGCAGAGGUCCCGACUAUCAACAUGUUCACAUCGUUUACUAUGGCGAGUGCCGACAGAUGCCUAUGUGCAAGGAAGAGGACAUGGCCGACUUUCCAAGGCGAAUGCGCGACUGGCUAUUCAACAUCAUGCGCGAUUUGGCAGACCGUCAAGAGUUGUCAUCGCAUUAUCUGAAGAUGCAGCGCGAAGCUGAGACCAAUCACACUUUGCGCUGGACGAACGCAGCUAUUUGGAAGUGGUGCGACUUGGACGGCCAUCCACAUGACCGAACGGUGUCUAGACACGAGCUUUUCCCGAUUAAGGCGCCCUUGAUGGCCCUUGAACAUUGCAUCGCGCCUUUCCUUGAUUCCUGUGACAUCAAUAACGAUCACAAGAUCACGUUGAUUGAAUGGGGCAAAUGCCUACAACUCGACGAGGACGACAUAGAAGAAAAGUGCGAUGAACUAGCGGAGGCAAAUCAUCAGGAGCAAUAGUAGAGAAUCCGAGCCGGGAUCUGAAGCUCGCACGUUGCGGCAGAGCAAAACACGAUUAUUGUUUAAAAAUUUUUUAUGAGAGACAGACACACACUUCUAAUCAGUUUUCGAAAUUUCGAAUCACCCACGACAUUUUGCUGCCGCAACGUGCUACGCUUGGAAAGUCAUCCGGAAAAGUCAGCAUAUGAGAGGGACAACAACAGCACGAGCGACGCGGAAUGGGACGCGCCGGGCGAGCAGAAUAACGGACGGUGAGGGUCGGCGAGCGGGAAUAGCCGGGGAGGACGCGAAGGACGCAGGUGACGCGCAGGGCAGGCUAGGGCAGAGGAACGGCGAGACGAGGGACGGCGGCUGGGUAAAAAUGGCGGGAAAAAUCCCCGCCAACGCGCGCGCGCGCGCGCAAGGGGGCGCCAGCGCGCAGGUUCCGCGCGCAUCGACGAGUCGAUACCGCGCGGACGAGAGAGGCAUCGUCGUCGAUGCUGAUAUGGCACUCGAGGCCUGCCAACCGACAAUUAACCGAACAAUUCGACGCCUCAAUAAUACAGGCGCCGUUAUCAUCGUCCGAGACAGCGAGAUUCGCGAUCACAGGCCCGAUAUCGUGGUCCGGGUUGCGGGGAGAAAUUCGAAUUUCCGCGUAAUCGAACGCCCUCGCUCGUCGAUGCUCUUCGAUAUUUAGAAUCGCAUGAUGCAAUUAAUUCGAAUUUAAGCGUCAACCGAAUGCGAUACGUGAUUCACGUAUAUAAACGUAUAGAAAAUGUCUACUUCGCGCGCGCGGAAGCAAACGGCGAGACCUAUGGGAAACAAUUACGAAAGCAAUUUCCAUUACGAGGAUCGUUUGGAUGCUUUGAAUUCGAAUAAUACGCGAGCGUGUUUCAAUUAUGAGCGUAUAUAUAAACGAAAACUUGCUCGGGCUGCGGAUAGAAGGGAUAUAUACAUCGUCCGUUCCUUGAAGGGAGAGGCAGAUUCGUUUGUACAAUAUGUUUAUAUAAUCGCGAGGCUAAAAAUAAACGCAGCGGGAUGCUUUAUCGACGAAUGAGCAAAUUCUGAAAUGUUUGAAUAGCGUCACGGGGGUGGAUAUUUACAUUUAUUACGUGCCAUUUCAUAAUCACUCUACCGAAAAUCCGCGAAACGUUCGCUCCGCCGUUCGACAAUCAGCGAAAUGUCAAGACGUUUAGAUAAAGUUCUUUCUCUAAGAAAGGAUAUUGCCGGUGUGCUGUAUUAUAUCACGGAAGAUUCGAGAUGAAAAUGGCCGACUCGUUCGUGCUUCCUUAUAUAGUAUAAUUUAUGCAGCCUCGUAGAGCGCACGAUUUUUCUAUAUACGAUCACUUUUUGUAAUGAAAUCACACACUGCCUUUUUCCGUCAAUAAAGAGAAGUAAUACUGUC